GUUGACAAAAAUGCUGAAUUGGUGGCAAAAUGGCAUUACUGUGCUCUGAGUCAGGAGAAGUUGUGUCGCCCAAUUGUGGCCUGUGAGCUGGGCAGGUUGUAUAAUAAAGAUGCCAUCAUUGAAUUUUUGUUGGAUAAGUCAGGUGAUAAAACUCCUAUGAAAGCUGCAUCACAUAUCAAAAGCAUCAAGAAUGUAACAGAACUAAAGCUUGCAGAUAAUCCAGCUUGGAGUGGUGAUAAAGAGAGUAUAAAAGGUGACAAAUAUGAUGACAUGCAGUCUGCGCGCUUUAUAUGCCCAGUGGUGGGACUGGAAAUGAAUGGAAGGCAUAGGUUUUGCUUCUUGAGAAACUGUGGCUGUGUGUUCUCUGAACGUGCUCUCAAAGAAAUUAAAUCAGAAGUUUGUCAUAAGUGUGGUGUUCCCUUUCAAGAGGAAGAUGUGAUUAUCCUUAAUGGCAAUAAAGAAGAUGUGGAAGUAUUGAAGAAAAGGAUGGAGAAUAGAAGACUUAAAAGUAAAUUGGAAAAGAAAUCAAAGAAAUGCAAGUCAGAAGAAUCAGCUUCUCAGCAAGAUACCACUGAAGAUUCUCCAGGUCCAUCAAGGGCUAAGAACGGAAAGGACUGUCCCAGUUCCAUUUCUGGGGAAAAGAGGCAGAUUAUCUUCACCAAAAGUUCAGAUAAUGGAAAUUCAUCUGUCCCAGGAAAAGUCAAUAAGGCCUCUACUACUGCUAUGAAGAGAUCCAUUGCAGACAGUGAAGAGAAGUCUGAGGCAUACAAAUCUAUUUUUACAUCACACAGCUCAGCAAAACGUUCAAAGGAAGAGUGUUCCAAUUGGGUUACUCACACAGCAUACUGCUUCUGAAAAAUGAUGAGCCUGAUUGUAACAUUCAUUACUGCUUUUCUUCCCUAAGGCUUUUUCUGUAACUGAUAGAGAACUUUUGUUGUAAUCUGAUGUUAUCUGGGAUUACUCAGUUUGGAAAUUGUUUAUAAACUUACGGAUAACUAACAAACUUGCGUUAGUUGCAACUUCUGUUAAAUAAGAAGUAGAUCACCAG